AGAAAAUGUAAGAAGUGCGUGUCACCUAAACUGAUCUGAGACCAGACAUUAUCCCAUUCUAAAGAUGGCAGCCUCCAUCAGAUAUUUAUUGAAACCUUGGACACCGAGUGUGUGUUUCGUGAGAUGGAGUCGCUAUAAUCCGUACUAUCUGGAUCCUGAUCCCAGUAAAGAUGCUCUCACAGAUUCAGAAUCAGAUCUCAGUCCUGAAGAGAAAGAGCUGAAAGAACUUAAAACAGUGAGACCAAUAAAAGCAGCACUGUCAAGUGCCACAAGCUCCCCUUUCAAUGACCCUGUGAUAAGUAAGUUCAUCAACACCAUGAUGCAAGAUGGCAAAAAAAUACUUGCUAGAGGAAUCAUGACACAGACACUGGAGACCAUUAAGAGAAAACAGGUGGAGAAAUACCAUAAAUCUCCUCCAGCUAAAAGAGAAGAGAUUGAGUGUAAUCCGUACACCAUCUUCCAUCAGGCCCUGGAGAACUGCAAACCCAUCAUCGGCCUGGCCAGUAUUCAGAAAGGAGGAAAAUUUUACCAGGUGCCUGUUCCUCUCACGGAUAACCGCCGGCGUUUUCUGGCCAUGAAAUGGUUGAUCACAGAAUGCAGAGACAACAAACAUCGUCGCACGCACAUGUACGAAAAACUCUCCCAGGAGCUCCUGGCUGCCUUCGCCAACGAGGGAAACGUAGUGAAACGCAAACAUGACCUACACAAGAUGGCCGAAGCCAAUAGGGCAUAUGCCCACUACCGCUGGUGGUAGAGAAAGGGGAGAUCUGGACAAUUCCUACAUCAACGUGGGACCCUCUUGUUUAGACUGGCUGCAUUAAGGGUCUUGGUGGACAUUGCUUCAGACAUAAAAAGGACAUGGGUGUGUUUUUCCCGACUCAUAAAUAGAGAUUGUCUUUGUAUAAAAAUAAAGAAAGAUAAUAAAGCUAUAAAUAUUGUCACAUUUCCAAACUUGAGUUAGAAAAGGUGUCACAACGUCAUCUGUUGUACAUUCAAAUAAAAAGACAACUAAUCUAAGA